AUGUCAACUCGAGCCCAACAGAAAUCUUCGCUUAAGCGCAAAGCCUCCAACGACCUCCCAUGGACUUUCGACGACGAAGACACUCGAGACAUAAACAACCACACCCAGCAGCAGCAUGCAUCAAUCAAAGAAGUAUCCGCGCUCUACAAACAGACCUAUGUCGACACCAUAGUCAAGAUUAAGCGUCUUUUGCAGUACUACGCUGUUGUUCUUGCGGCGGAUGUGAAUCCUGACGCAGACUCCGUCAAAAAUGCAAACCAAAAUGCAGACGUAAAGUCCGUGGCGGCGCAAGAAGCGAAGACAGAGCUGAAGGUAAUCCUGGACGAUCUCGCCUCCAAGCCUGAGUUGGUGGAAAUGGAGGAUGUCAAGAAGGUGUUGUUGGAUUGUGGGAUUGUGGUUGAUGUGAGAAAGGGGAUGGGUGGGGAAAGGGAGGUUGAUGUUCGGUUGAUUUGA